AUGCCAAAAGUUCCUGUUGCUACGUCAAAAAGAAGUCUGAAUUUUAAAGAGGACAAGGAUGUAAAACGGGCCAAGAUCGAAACGCAAAAUCUACCGAUUAUUAUUAUCGGUACAGCUAUAGUGAACCGCUAUGAAUGA